AUGCCUCGGAACAGCUCAUGGGAAGAACAUGGACACAAACUACGGAGAUGGAUUGAGCACUUCCAUGAACCGUCGUGCCCAUUCCGUCUAUCCCCAUUCGCUAUGUCAUAUGACAGCGAACACCAGGACUUUUCUGUAUGGCUCAAGUUGGAUCCAUCGUGGGACGAGGUGGUCUAUCCUGAUCUACCGGCUGAGCUUAAGCGUAUAGAAAUCGAGAAUCGAGAAGGCCCACCAGUGGGCUGGCAGGGACGCACUGGACCAGGGGUGGUGUUCAUCGACUGGAUCCGCCGAUCGAGGAGAAGUCAUGCUCCACACAUGUCGGGAUUCACGAAGGCUGCCUAUGAGUUGGAAUAUCCCCUUGAUAGCCUUAAAUGCAUAUUUGUGACUGAUAUUACUAAAACUGACACAGUGGCAUGCGUUCGCGAUAGGGUGUAUAAAGCUCAAAAGCUCCAGUACCCUAGUAACCUCGUGAGUUUCUGGUAUCCUUCACCCGAGUAUGAUGCUAUACUGGGUAAUAGACUAUUGCAGCUUUUAUUUUGUGUGCAUAGGCCCAAGGCCAAAAGAGAGUUGCAAGCAUCCUUACGUUUCACGAUGGUGAAAACUUUCAACGCCUGA